UUUAACUAUCAAAUUAAACAAGCGCAAGUGGUCGGCUUGCAAAGCUCGUCAUCCAUACAAAAUGUUGUAAGCAUUGAAAGCCAAGCUACCAGCCCGAUGGAUUUCUACAACAUUGCGACCUUUUUUUCUGUCUUGGGGAUUUGUAGCUUUCUUGUCUAUCUCUUUCAUGUUCUCUGGCUCAAUGGAGAAAGUCGUCGGGUGAUUCUCAGGAGGCAAGGGAUCGCAGGUCCCUUACCUUCUUUCCUCUUAGGGAACAUUCCUCAAAUGAAGCAGAUGCUUCCUUUAUCUCCCAAUCAAUCCAAUCAUGAAAACAUGAAGGGACAUCAUAGUCUAAUGCACCUGUUCCCUUAUUUUAAGCAGUGGACUAAACAAUACGGGCAAUCGUUCUUAUUUGCACUUGGGAGGUCACAGUUCCUAUACGUAGCUGAUAACAAUUUUGUAAGAGAAAUAAACUGCUUCACAUCGUUGGAUAUGGGGAAACCUGCUUACCUACAAAAAGAUCGAGGAGCUUUGCUAGGCAAGGGCCUUAUCACAACAAAUGGCGCUGUUUGGUCCCAUCAGAGGAAGAGUAUUGCACCCCAUCUUUUUGUGGACAAGGUCAAGGACAAGCUGAAGCUCAUGGUGGAGUCUGGCGAGGCACUGGUGAAUUCAUGGGGGAAUAUAAUCGAAGCUAAUGGAGGGAUCGCAGACAUCAGAGUUGAUGAUUAUGUGAGAAGGUACACCUCAUAUAUCAUUUCAAAUGUGGUGUUCGGGGAUGAAUGGGAGACGGGCAUGGAAAUGUUUCCAAAAUCUCUAUCUCUUAUUAAAGCGAUGUGCUCACCAACAAUACUUAGUGGUGUCCCUUUCUACAGAUAUCUUCCCACUGAAAAGAGCAGAGAGAUUUGGAGGCUUACGAAGGAGAUUCAUUCAACAAUUAUGGGCAUCGUAAAGAAGCACACCGAGUCUGCUUCUAAAGAUCUGUUGCAAGUGAUCAUUGAAGGUUCCAAGAAUGGUGAUCUUGGGCCAUCCACACCUGAUCAGUUCAUAGUAGACAACUGCAAGGACAUUUGCAUCCCUGCCUCUGAAGUUACUGCUGUAACCGCCAUAUGGGGUCUAAUGUUGUUGGCUUCACAUCCUGAAUGGCAAACUCGUAUACGUGUUGAGGUUUUAGAAGUGUGCAAGGAUGGCAUCCUAAAUUUCGAUAUGCUUCACAAGAUGAAAGCAUUAAGAAUGGUGAUUUUAGAGGUUUUGCGACUGUACCCUGUAACGGCAUUUGUUUCAAGGCAGGCCUUGCAAAACCUGAAGCUUGGUCAUAUCGAAAUCCCAAAAGGGGUUAAUAUUUGGUUGUGGUUGCUAGAAUUGCACUUUGAUCCUAAAUUUUGGGGACCUGAUGCAGAAAAGUUCAAUCCUGAGAGGUUUGCUCAUGGCAUUUCUAGAGCUUGCAGAUCCUCUCAAGCUUACAUACCUUUUGGUGUAGGGGCUCGAGUUUGUCCUGGACAGAGCCUUGCCAUGGCAGAACUUCAGGUGUUGUUCGCUAUCAUCCUGUCUAACUUCAGUGUCACCAUCUCUCCCAGCUAUCGUCACUCACCUCAAUAUGCUCUGCUGAUAGAGCCUGAAUUUGGAGUAAAUCUCCUUGUUCAAAAGAUAUGAUUAGUGCUGUUCCUAUCAAAGAUAUUGAUAAAUAACUAUACCACUAGAAUAAGUUAAUGAUUAUGGCAAGGAUAAAUGAUUGUCACAGUUGCUCAAAAGUGGGGCGCAUUGUACCUAUCUUUUGGUUUUAAACCACAAGUGAAGCAAUGCUUGAUUAUGAUUGAAAAGCAGACUAUAAUGCAGCACUUUCUUGUUAAUUAGAAUUUCUGAUCUAGAUAUUUUUUA